CUCAUUCCUAUCAUUCUUCCAGUCAAGUCCACGACACCCCUCCCUUCUAUUUUUGACCAGCGACUCCACUCUAGAAGCCGUUUUUUGGCUGUGGGCGGCUGCAGACAGCAGUGGACAAACCCCCGGGGAGCAUUUAAUUAAAGCCCCAACAACGUCGCUUCUCUACCCGAAGUACACCUGGCACAAGCCCUACUUUUAAAAAAAUACACUACUUUUAAAAAAGUCUACGCGUACUUUUCCUCUUCAAUGGCGACGUUAGCUCAACGCACAUGUCGCCAAAUGUGACGGAACUUAGGAGAGAAAAGAUGUCAUCAUAGUCGUGAUUGGUCGUCUUAGAGGAGAAAGACGAGGUACUUUAGAGAAGUUUUCUUUUUGCACCCCCGACGCUACCUCAACAGCCAGUCUGCGGGCCCCGUAACCAUGACGACAGGAGGGUGCUGUCACCAACUGCCCGGCUCGCCGUGCGACUGUGCAAACAACACAGACGCUUGGAAGAGUUUGGAGGAAGGAGGCGGGUGCCCGACACGCUGCGCCAGUCAGGUCACGGCCGUAGACGGAGUGCUGCUCUCCUCCGUGCUCAAACCCACGCAAAGCGAUGGUCCCAUGUGUCGAAUAUGUCACGACGGAGGCUGCGGCGAGAACCUCCUGUCCCCGUGCGGCUGCACCGGCACCCUGGGCACGGUCCACAAGAGCUGCUUGGAACAGUGGCUGUCAUCUUCCAACACCAGCUACUGUGAGCUAUGCAACACCAAGUUCAGCAUCGAACGCCAGCUCAGGUCCUUCAAAGAGUGGCUGGCGGACCCCGGCUCUAGCAACGACAAGAGGAUGCUGUGUUGCGACACCUUGUGCUUCCUGUUCGUCACGCCGCUCGCCGCCAUUUCCGGCUGGUUGUGCCUGCAGGGAGCGCAGGACCAUCUUAAUUCGGGCAGUUGGCUGCAGGCUCUGGGCCUGAUAAUGCUCACCAUUGUCCUCUUCACCAUCUACAUGCUCUGGAUCCUGGUGUCUCUGCGCUACCACUAUCAACUCUACUUCGAGUGGAGGAGAAAAGACCAGAAAGUGUCCCUGAUCUUUCCCGAUGCUCAGGAGUGCGUCUCUACCCAGCAUGCCUUGCUCCCCACCACCUCCUCAAAGAUGUCUGCUGAUGAGAGUUUAGUAUGAGACAGAAGACUGAGCACUGCUGGAAAUUUGACAUCCAAAAGCUCUCAAAGUGAACUUUUCCACGGAGUCACAAGCUUUGUCAUCGUGGAUGGGAAAGACGCUGACAUUGCUACAUAAACGACAUCCAUGCAGCACAAGCACUCUUUUUUUAAAAAAAAAAAAAGCAAUGCUUGAAGCUUUUUAUAAAAACAUAGAUUGUGUUUCCCGUUUUUACACAGUGACUCCCUGAAAAGAGCAGCGUACCUUCACGUAAUGGUGACGCCCAUGAUGUCAUCACUGCUGAGUCACCUCAUCCACCCAGAAUCAGAACACAAUCUUUUAUAGACAACAUUUACAAUUUUACUUUUUUUUUGCUUCAUAAGAGUGUCUGCUUCAGAGAAUGUCAGUUCACUUCAUUUAAGAGGUGAUUAGUGUCCCUGUGGCUCAAACUAAAAGCACUAUACUAUGAAACUGCUUAAGUCCAACUCCAUACAAGUAAUAUCUACAGUAUGUGUAAAAAUACCUUAAAAGGUCAACUGGAAGUUCAAACUGUCAUUGAAGGAAUAGUGAUGAUAACCAUAGAACAGAAGAGUUGACUUAUAGCAAGAUAGGAAAGGGUCAGGCUGCUCAGUACAAUCUAAAAUGUAUCAGGUGAGUAAUUUUACUUAGUUUUUCUUGUAUUUAUGGCAUUCACAUUUCAUAUUUUAUUUGUGGUUUUGUAUUAAAAAUAAAAACCUUAUAGUAAAACCAGUAGCAAAAUAUGUUAAACUAAUGGGCCCCUGAUAAUGGCCUUCAAUGUGUUAUUAGCAACAUAACAUCUGGAUUAGCACUUGUUUGCGCUUCAUUCACUAUAUUACAUUAUUGAGGAGCAGCCUAAAAUGUAUUUAAAAGUGUCAAAUUAAAAAGUGUUAUAAUUAUGGGCCAGGUUGUGAAGCAAUGGCAGCCUAAUUAAGCAGCCCAUCGUAUUAUUCCUCAUACUUACAUGUCACAUGUCGCUCUGUCUUGCACUGGCUUAGAGUAGAGAGUGGAGAUCCAUCCAGAAAUAUUUCAUUCUUCAUCCUGGUUACAUUUUUAUCACCUGGUUUGGUGAUGACCUGGACAACACAUAUUUGAAAUGUCCUUUUUAUGUCACAGAAGUAUUAAAUGCUGCAGUGGUGCACAAAACUGCCAAAUCUUCCACUGACAA